AUGAAGAAAGGCUCUCCUAACCACGUGUACGAUGUCAUCAUCGUAGGUGCUGGUAUUUCUGGCAUCAGUGCAGCGCAUCAUAUACAGAAAACACUUCCCGACUCUGAGUAUCUGCUUCUUGAGGGCCGUGAUAACAUUGGUGGUACGUGGGACUUAUUCCGCUAUCCUGGCAUUCGGUCGGACACGGACUUGCAUACAUUUGGAUUCGGCUGGCAGCCAUGGCAAGAGAAUCGAGCCAUCGCAGAUGGUGAUUCCAUCGUCCACUAUUUGCGCACCACGGCGGAAAGGGAUGGAAUCUAUCGCCACAUUCAGUUUCAGCAUCGCAUCGUCGCGGCCAGCUGGUCAUCCGGGUUGGAGCUCUGGACGUUGGAGGUCGAAACCAAGGCCCGCCGCAUUCAGCUACAUACCAAGUUCUUGAUUCUGGGAACAGGCUAUUACGACUACAAUGAGCCCCUACGGGCUGAGAUCCCGGGCUUGUCUAAUAACUUCCGUGGCACUAUCGUACAUCCUCAGUUCUGGCCCAAAGACCUCGAUUAUACUGGCAAGCGGGUGGUCAUCAUUGGCAGCGGCGCCACUGCCAUCACGCUGCUUCCCAACUUGGCCAAAAAGGCAAGCCAUGUGACAAUGCUACAGCGCAGUCCUACUUACAUCAUGUCCAUCGAUAACACGACAGGUGGUUCAUGGAUACACAAACUUCUGCCUCGGACAUGGGCAUUCAAGUUGGAUCGCUGGAUGUUCAUGUGGAUGAUUAUUAUCCUAUACAACUUCUGCCGACUCUUUCCAGAGCGCUCUCGGGCUGCUUUGGAAGGCGCAGUCGCAAAACAGCUCCCCAAGGAUGUUCCCAUGGAUCCUCAUUUCCGACCACUCUACAAGCCUUGGGAUCAGCGCGUCUGCUUCACGCCCAACGGUGACUUCUUUGAGAGUCUCCGAGGCGGGAAGGCACAUAUUGAGACGGCCCACAUUAAGACAAUGUCCUCUGACUCUAUCAUUCUCGAUAAUGGAAAGACACUGGAGGCGGACGUGAUUGUCACCGCUACGGGCCUAAAAUUCUGCCUCGGUGGCCAUAUACGCAUAACUAUAGACGACGAAGAGAUCAACCUCGCCAAUCGCUAUGCUUGGAACGCAACAAUGCUACAAGAUGUACCGAAUCUGGCUUUUAUGAUGGGCUAUGUCAAUGCCUCUUGGACCCUGGGAGUCGAAACCAGCUCUCAGCUCGUCUGCCGCCUGCUACAACAUAUGCGGAAAAAGCAUUAUUCCAGCGUUGUUCCGCGCUUGCCCAAGGAAUUUCCCAUGGAGCGCCGGCCGAUUUGGGAUCUUGAUGCCACGUACGUGAAAAAAGCACAGGGCUUCAUCCCCCGCUGCGGCAAUAUUGGACCCUGGAGAGGACGCACCAAUUACUUUGUGGACCUGUGGAAAACCCGGUAUGGCAGUAUCACCAAGGAUUUAGUCUUCCGAGCUGGGAGGCCGUAG